AUGGAGGCCGCCGCCCUGCCGCGCGCCUUCCCCAACCUGGGGCGGUGGUGCUGGGUGAACGCCCUCCUGCAGGCAUUGUCGAGCAUCGACGACAGCCGCUGGUGGGCCAUCUUGGCGCCCGAGCCCCAGGCCCCCGACCUCCUCGCCGCCCUCGCCGUCGCGCUGCGCUGGAUCGGGCGGCGCGACGCGGCCGCGGAGCGGCGCGAGAGCGUGCCGCCCGCGCACAUCAUGGCCGCGCUGGAGCGCGGGCUGGAGGCGGAGUGCCGGCUCUCCCCGUCGGCGGAGCAGGACGUCCACGAGGCGCUGUUGCAGGUCCUCGAGGCCGCUAUCGACGGCCUGUCGCGCCGCGAGUUGGCCGCGGCCCUGCGCAGCCGCGCGGCGCCAGCGACGGCGGGGCUGUCUUCCUGGGCGCCCGCGUGGCCGUGGGCGGCGGGAGCGCUCGGCUGGGUGGCCGCCCGCGCCGCCCGGCGGGACUUCCUGGCGCUCUGGGAGGGCACCCUGGAGGAGGCCCGGGUCUGCCUCGCCUGCGGCUUCGAGAAGGUGGACCGCGAGCCCGGCAGGCAGGCGUUCCGCUGCCUCUCGCUGGAGCUGCCGCAGGCUCCCGCGGCGGACCUGCCGGCCAUGCUGGCCGCCGCGUACGGCGGGGGGGCCACGGAGCGCCUCGAGGAGGUGGUCUGCGCGGCGUGCUCGCUGGAGGCCGCGCUGCGGCGGUUCAGGUAUGCAGCCGCUCGUGGCUCCCUGGCCGCGCUCGCUGCCUGCCGGCGUCUGCGGGCGUGCGCCGACAUGGCCGGGCAGCCCCUUGAGCCAGAGCUUCUCGCGCCGCUGUGCCCUCCCGGCGUGGCGCCUCCGCAGCUCUGCCGCGCCCCGCACCUCCGGACCUUCCGGAUCGCGCUGCCGCCGACGAUCCUUGCCAUCCAUCUGCGGCGCCUGGUGUUGAGCCCGUGGGGCGGACAGGCGAAGGCGCAGGCCCGCGUGCGCUGCCCGCCGACGCUGCUGCUCGCGUCCCGGAGGCAAACCCCGCCACCGUACCGCUGCAGAGCAGCAGGGAGGAGGCCGCUGCGAUUCUCUCAAGUUCAGUUUAUUGUUGUAAACAAAUUGGCGCAUGUCUAA